AUGGGCAAGAAGCGGCGCGGUCACGCUGACAUCGAGGAGGUCCUCAACCGACCCUGGUGCUACUACUGCGAGCGUGAUUUCGAAGAUCUCAAGCUUCUCAUCUCUCACCAGAAGGCAAAGCACUUCAAAUGCGACCGCUGUGGUCGUCGUCUCAACACAGCAGGAGGUACGUUUACCAUCAUCCGAAUUCCCACGAAAGCCGCGCUGACAGCGACAGGUCUCUCCGUGCACAUGAACCAAGUCCACAAGGAAAACCUCACACAGGUCGAGAACGCGCUUCCUAGCAGACAGGGUCUUGAGGUGGAAAUUUUUGGCAUGGAGGGUAUUCCCCAGGACAUGCUCGACCAGCACCGCAACCGCAUCCUACAGAACUUCCAGCAGGCGCAGAAAGAUAGACAGAUCGCGACGGGAAACCCGCUGCCGGGACAGGGACAUGCGCAGAAGAAGAUCAAGACUGAGUCGCCGGAGGAGCUGAAGCAGAGAUUGGCUGAGUUUCGGAAGAGGAAGCAGGAGAUUGCUGCCAAUGGAGGUGUUGAUCCCGCUGCGGCUGCGAAUACCGAGACACAACCGCAAGCUCCUUUCAACGGCUCUUACCAGACCCCUCCCCAAGUGUCCUUCGACCAACAACAAAGCUACCCCGUACAGCCUCCCAACCCAGCCCAGCCCUACACCUUCUCCGCCAACAACCUCCCUGCACGUCCAUCAUCCGGCGCGCUACCCGCGGCCGCUGGCCUACCUCAGCGACCGACACAAGGCGGAUCUUGGAGCGGUGGUGCUGCUGGCGACGAUAUUGAUCAGAUGAUCCGUAUGGCCGAGGCGGGUAUCAAGCCAGCGGCGACUAAGGCUGAGGAAGAAGGUGGCGACAAGAAGAAGAAGGACAAGAAGGCCAGGAUGUUCUACGAUGAUGCGGAGGUUAGUCCUGAGGAGAGGAUGUCGAUGCUGCCACGGUAUGCGUUUGUACCGGAGACUGUGAGUUAG